AUGGCAUUACCUCCUUCACGUGCAAAUCCUGCUGUAAUUCAGUUUGCUACAAAACAGUCCAUCCCACAACAACCUAAACAAAUCAUUGCACCAUCAUUAAUUAAACGUAAUCCAACUCAACCAGCAUUAAAACCUCUUGUUCAAAAUGGAAAUACGUCGACAGCAGAAGAGGGACUGAUUAUGAAAAAUAGUUAUAUUCUUCAACCAAAUAGAAUUAUUGGAUCUGAUUUCCUUACUCGACCAAUUCUUUUACAAUUACUAAGAAAAGUUUUAUACACAGAAAAUCCUGAUCAACCACUAUUUUUAGGAGAAGGUGUAAGUGAAAUUAUGUCAAGUACUGCAUAUGAGAAAUUAUGGUAUGUUAUCACACGAAUUGGAAAAGCAGCAGAAACAAGAAUAUCUCCUGGAGAAGGAUUAAAAGUUAAUUAUUUACAAACAAAUACAGAUGAAAUAAGAAAAGAAUUGAAUGUAAAAGAUGAAAAAAAACCAAAAGAGAUUCAUAGAGAUGGUAAACGGAUUAGAAUAUCGAUGACUGAUGUAAUGUUUUGUAAAAAGUUUUUACCAGAAAGAAGUCUUCAUAGAUAUGAAACAAAAAAAUAUAAAUCAGGUAGAUGA